CGACUGUACAGCUUUAGGAAACCCUAAGCCCAUUAUUGAGUGGCGGAAAGAUAACCGACGAAUCACUAGCCAACGUUAUACCGUUCAUGAAAUGCCCAGUGGCACCGUGCUCCGUAUAGAACGUGUACGUUCUGAAAGAGACAAAUCUAUUUAUGAAUGCGUAGCGGACAACGGCGUAGGAGAGCCAGCUAAGGCAGCGGCGGAACUAAAUGUCCUCUCUGAAGACACUAUACCGCUAGGAUUCCCACGGUUCACUAUACACCCUACCGUGCGAGCAGUAGAAAAAGGUCGAACAGCCCUCUUAUACUGUGAGGCCGAGGGUAACCCAACCCCUACUAUCUACUGGUUAAAGAACAUGGUUCCUGUUAACCUAGAUGACCCACGGUUAAACAUCAUUCAUGGUAGUUAUCUCCAAAUAAGCGAAGCAAAAGAAGAAGAUGAAGGAACUUACGAAUGUGUAGCAGAGAAUUCGAUUGGUUCUAGCUUCUCUGACUUGGCGUCGCUCUACAUUAAAGUGCGCCGUGUUCCUCCUUACUUCUCUAUACCCCCAGAACCUGUCUACGAAGUGAUGCCAGGGUCGAACCUGAACCUAACCUGUGUGGCAGUAGGCUCCCCCUCACCGUAUGUGAAGUGGAGAAAGGGUUCUUUUGAUUUGACACCCGAAUACUCUGUUCCUGUAGGGAAGAACGUUCUGCAGUUAAAAAACAUAUGGGAAUCUGCUAACUACACCUGUGUUGCAUCUUCUAAGUUGGGUAACAUUGAAAGCGUCACAACAGUUCUGGUAAAGGAAUCUGAUAGUGCCCCAAGGAACGUCCAAACUUGUUCUUUAAGCUCGAAUACAGUAGUUAUACAGUGGGACCCUCCUAAAGAACCUAAUGGAGAAGUUACGGGCUACAAAGUACACUUUAAAACACUUCCCAAUCUUCCUACAACCAACUGGAACACCCAAAAUGUUGAUAGCGGUACAUUUACAACAAUCAGUGAUUUGACACCUCAGACCAUUUACACCAUCCGGAUCCAAGCACUUACCAGCAGAGGAUUUGGUCCAUUGUCUGCUCCUGUACAAGUAGAAACUCAAGAAGGAGUGCCAAGUCAACCCUCAAACUUACUUACCAAAUCAAUAUCACCCACGACUAUCCAGCUACAGUGGAGCCAUCCAGAACACUUGGGCGAGAGUGUUAUUGGUUAUGAGUUAUACUGGAAUGACACUUUUACCCAGAAGCAGGACCACCACACCAUUCCAGCCAUCAAUUCCUACACUCUUAGCAACCUAUACCCAGACACAAUAUACCAGAUCUGGGUGGCAGCUAAGUCAAAACAUGGUGAGGGAGCUGCCACCCCACCAGUCAGUGUAAAAACUGACCAAUAUUUGCCAGGUGAACCAAGAAAUGUGAAAGUGGAGCCUGUUAGUAGCACCAGUCUUCAAGUUCAAUGGAAACCUCCAGCUAAUAAAGAUAAAAAUGGGCUAAUCAAAGGUUACCAGAUCCACAUCCAAGAAAAGGAUGAAAACAACAGUUUGGUUGGAGCACCCAUCAGGUUAGAUGUAAGUAAUGAAGAUGUGGAAGCCUAUAACAUUACGGAGCUUCAGCCAGAUACAACUUACGCUGUGCAGGUGGCUGCUGUGACUCGGAAAGGUGAUGGAACACCUAGUCAUCCAAGAACAGCAAAGACAAGAGGAGGAGAUCCUCCCCGAAUUGUGAUAGCCCCCAGAAACCAGACUGUUAUCAGGGGUAGCUUCGCAAGUUUCGACUGUACAGCUUUAGGAAACCCUAAGCCCAUUAUUGAGUGGCGGAAAGAUAACCGACGAAUUACUAGCCAACGCUACACCGUUCAAGAAAUGUCCAGUGUCUCUGUGCUCCGUAUAGAACGUGUACGUUCUGAAAGAGGCAAAUCUAUUUAUGAAUGCGUAGCGGACAACGGCGUAGGAGAGCCAGCUAAGGCAGCGGCGGAACUAAAUGUCCUCUCUG